GAGGAGAGGACUUUAUGAGGGGUUGCACCACAACUUGCUGUUGUCGAUUCUGAACUUUCGGAUCUGACCGUGCUUGAGGACCCUGUCGCAGCUUUUAUUUUCUCCUCCAUUUCAACACGCGUGGAUCCAAGUCAACUUAAUAUGAAAAAAUGUCGAUAAAUGAGGUGUACGUUUUCCGACCGUUCAAGUUGAUUGCUUUACUUUGUAUAUUUCUGGCAUUGUGUCUGGACAUCGUAGCGUUAUUGAGCCCCGCCUGGGUAACGGCAGAGCGUUUUUCUUUGUCGCUAUGGGAAUCAUGCACUGAAACAGAGGCUGGCUGGAGAUGCCUUUCCACCCUCACAUCUGACUGGCAGAUCGCCACUCUGGUGCUGCUGCUGGCCGGUGCUGCGGUGACUCUGGUGACCUUCCUGGUGGCCCUCAUCUCCCUGUGCCGGGGGACACGCAUACUGCACUACCGCAUGGUGGCUGUGUUCCUGUUCACUGCAGUGGUCCUUCAGGCCUGUGCACUGGUCCUGUACCCAAUCAAGUUCAUUGAUGGAACUGUCCUCCAGACCUACCAUGAGUUCAACUGGGGCUACGGACUGGGCUGGGGAGGCACCAUCUUCAUGCUAGGGGGAGGCAUCCUCUUCUGCCUCCGGACGGACAUGUACGAGGACGCUAUGUACUGAGUCCUCUCUCUCCUACUCUCUAUAUCUCUCUCUUGUUUUUUCUGUCACACACAAACAAAUAUUGACAUUCACUCUCUUGCGCGACAACACACCCACACAAACACAUCCUUCCUCUGCCCACGUAGACAAGCUUCGACACCUACAUACAGUACA